GGGACAGUGCCUGUUUCCCGCACCGCCGGGACAGCGACGCCGAGGCUCCCGGCUUGCAGCCGCCCCGCCAUGGCUCUCAGCUCCGAGCGGCUCUUCGACUCGCUGGGACAUUUCGGCAGUGGCAGGCAGGAGCAGCAUUUUGGACAAAGCCUGGGAACUCCUUGUAAUGGUUGAAGUGCCUGAACUGCAGCAGGAGAGGCUCUUAAUAUCAUGUGCAAGCAGUAGUGAUUUCAAGCAUGUGUUUAUUUUGCAUCUGUCUUUCAAGCUAUGUCAUGUGGUAUCCAUUACUUAGCAUCUGUGUUCAUGGCUGUUACUCCUAACUUUGUAUGUGGAUUCCCUGGAAAUGUGAGUAGUGUUCUUUUCCACAACUCCUCUGCAUCAAGUAUAGAGGACAUCUGGACACUAUGGACAUCAACAGAAAACUACAUUGUAGUCCAGCUGGCAAAUGGAGAAAUUUGGGAACUUGAUCAAUGCAGCAGGUCCAAACGAGAAGUCAGUUUGGAUCUGGCAUACGAAUACCAAGGCAACAAGUCUGUAUUUCCUUGUUCUGAUGGAUUUCUCUAUGAUGAUACAAAGUGGAAGAGCACCGUUGUUACGCAGUGGGAUUUGGUCUGUGACCGAGAAUGGCUUGCAAAACUAAUCCAGCCUAUGUUCAUGCUUGGAGUCUUGAUUGGAGCAGUGAUUUUUGGUGACAUUGCUGACAGACUGGGAAGACAGCGUGUUAUAUGGUUCACAAGUGCUGGUCAGUUUGUAUUUGGCAUCGCAGUGGCCUUCACGUUUGACUACUACAGUUUCGUGAUUGUGCGCUUUCUCCUCGCUAUGGUUUCAAGUGGCUAUCUGGUUGUGGCUUUUGUUUAUGUGACUGAAUUUGUUGGCAUUAAAGCACGAACCUGGGCUUCUAUGCAUGUCCAUGCUUUUUUUGCUAUGGGAAUUAUGAUUGUGGCACUCGUGGGAUUUUUGGUUCGGACCUGGUGGGUCUAUCAGAUAUUUCUCUCCAUAGCAACUCUUCCCUUUGUCUUGUGCUGCUGGAUGCUCCCAGAAACACCUUUUUGGCUACUGUCAGAGGAAAGAUAUGAAGAUGCACAAAAAGUGAUUGAUACAAUGGCAAGAUGGAAUAAAGUCAGCACUCCCUGCAAAGUUUCUGAACUGUGCUCAGUCCAACAAGACGAUUUAGCCAGUGGCAGAACGGGUGAUGAUGAUACGUCCUCAGCAAAGAAGCACAACAUCUUAGACCUGUUUUGUAAUUGGCAAAUUGCAAGAAGGACCAUCACAGUCUGGCUGAUCUGGUUUACUGGGAGCUUGGGGUACUACGUCUUCUCCCUCAGUUCUGUCAGUCUAGGAGGCAAUGAAUAUUUAAAUCUCUUUCUCAUAGGUGCUGUGGAGUUGCCUUGCUAUAUCAUUGCUUGCGUUGCGAUGGACAAACUGGGAAGGAGAAACACACUCAUUCCGUUCCUUAUUUUAAGUGCACUGAUCUGUGUUUUAAUUAUGUUCAUACCUCAGGAUUUCAAUAUAUUAAUUAUCUUAGCAAAUAUGGCUGGAAAAUUUUCCAUAGGUGUGGCAUUUGGCCUUAUAUAUCUCUACACAGCAGAACUGUACCCAACAAUAGUAAGAUCACUCGCUGUUGGAAGUGGAAGCAUGAUGUGCCGUGUAGGAAGUGUGGUUGCUCCUUUCUGUGUCUAUCUGAGAAGUGUCUGGAUUUUCAUGCCACUUUUGCUUGUUGGAAUCAUGGCUCUUCUGAGUGGAAUCUUAACCAUAAUGCUUCCAGAAACACUGGGAAAACCAUUGACUAAUACUUUGGUGGAAGCUACAGAAAUGGGAAGAAACAAGAAAAGCUGUUCAGAAAAGACUCCUCCAGCACAUAGUGGUGCAGCAUUAGAAAAGAUAGAGAUGUUUGGUCAAGAAAGAGUCAGCACUGACAAAUAAAGCAGUAGCAAAAUGGCUGUUCCCAAUUUUAAUCACUAUCUAAUUUAUAUGAUCUGUGUAUUCAAGAAAUGUGACUGUUCUAUAACAUCUGUGCCUUUUACUUUGUAUUCUGUCUUCCCUUUUCAAUAGAGCAAUUGUAUGAAACCUUUUCAAAGUGACUGACUUACUGCAGAAAAUUUGGUAGGAUUUCUAGAUCCCUUAUCUAACUUACCCAGACUUUAAAACACCUGUCUGACUUGCUGUGACCAGUUGGAAUGAUUUCUCUAAAUGUCGGAACCUACCUGAUUACAUGUAUGUAAAAAAAAUAUGCCAAUUCUUUGCUUCACAUUUUCUGCAGUUAGAUUUGUCAACCUACAACAAAGUGCCCUGCCUGGUCUCUUCCUGUUGCAGUUGUCAGUAUCAUUGCAUCAGGUCAUGUAGAUAAUUUUGAAGUAAUUUAUUCUUUUUCUUUUUCUUUCAAGUUUUCUACUAGAAAUGGUGCCAUUGCUAACAAAAGGAAAGUAUUCUAUGGCACAGCUUCUGACUGAAAAAAUAAUACUAAGUUUGCAAAAUGUGCAAAUAGUUUGUAUAUUCAUUCUGUUGAAUGGCAAGUGUAUUUUUAUUAGGGGUUUAGGAAUAAAAAAAGUUCACUGGAUCUACUGCUGUUUUAGUUUAGAUUAAACCAAACUGCCUGAUCCCAUUUAAAGUCAUAUUCAUUCCAGACUAUUACUUCAGUGCACCCUUUCUCACUUAUUUAAGAUUAGAUCUAGCAUCAGAUUUUUCAUAACUUCUAAGAGCUAGACUAGCAACAUUGCCAAAUGCCUCCAGCAAGGUCUUCGUAGUCCUCAGUGGAAAAGAAUAAAUGGCAUAUGGCUUUUAUUCAGGCUCUCUGCAGAGAAGUGGAUUUAGUUAUUAAUUUUUGGUAGAAACGGUUUCCACUCACCAUUUUUCUCAUAGAUUAGAUGUCUGUAACUCAUUUUUUCCUUAUUAUAUCUAACCAGUUAGAAAUAUAGAAUUUCAAAGACGGUAGUUUUAGUCAAAGUGUCAAAACAUCCCACUGCUGCUACACCUCAUGUGCAUCAACACUUAUUGUUGGUGCAAUAGUUCUACCUUAUGACUCUGGACCAUAGAAAACUGAUAGAUAGGAAUGCAUCAUUCUGGCUGUUUCUUUUAUGGCUUUCUCCCACCUCUCCUUUUUCAGUCUAUCUCUAGAGCUCUCUUCCUUGUCUGAGGAUCUGCAUCUCCUUUGCUUGACCACCCUUGGAUUGAGGGGAGCAGCACAGGAACAUCUGCUGUUGAGGUUCAGACAGCCCUCUCUUGCCUGGGUUGUGUGAAUUCAGUCCUCCCUGGUUUGAAAUCAGUGUUUUUCCCUCUUAGGCCCCUGUUCUCAUGGCAUGGUCUCAUCAAAACAAGUCUUCCUUGAUCUUUGCCAUGUACCCACCCCAAAAGAUAUCUAUAUUAGUAGAUAUUCUAUAUGCUGUAGAAAUUAAUGGCCACAUUUUUAAAUUAUAUUUGCACAGUUUUAUUAGUUUCAAUGAUUUCUGAAACCAGAAUAAUGGUUUAUAUCCCCUUAUAAAAGAUUUUAUUCUUCACUGCACUGUCCUAGAAUUUGGUCCUGGUAUUAGGAGAAAAUAAUACCUAUAUGAGGAUCAACAUGCUCUGAAGCAAGCAAAAAUCAGUAAAUUUAAGUUUAGGGAGUGUCUCUGAGAUAAUUACAUAGAAAGCAGAAAGGAGUCUUCAUGCUUCUUACAGUUCUGUGGGUGUUCCAGUGUUUGCAGGGAAAACCUCCAGAAAGACCUGCAUAGAAUACUGUGGCUUCUGUCCAGAUAUGAGUUCAGCAAAAGCGCUUAACCUUCCCCCUGUGAGUAAUCCCAUCAUUAUUCUGAGAAUGACUUGAAUACAUACUUUGAUGACUGAAGAUCAGAUUACUCACAUGCUGUGGUUUUUUAUUUUGCUGAAGAGCAAACCCAGUAUUCUUCCACUGCUUUCAGGUCCCCCUCCACUUCCCAGAGCAGAGCAGCUCUCUUUAUCUGCAAGAUCUACUGCCAAACUCUUCCUGCCCUGCCUUAAAUAAGGGUUUAAUCAUGCUAAAAAACCACCACCAUGCAAUACACAUAACAAGGAAUUAAACUGGUACUGUCUUGCCUUACAACCACCCUCCCCACACACAGAGCUCCAAAUUCUUUCCUUAUUUUGGGAUUUUUUCACACUGAUACUCCCUCUUUUAAUAUCUCAAAACUCUAUCUAAACCCAUCUAUCUUAAAACUCACUACUCAUAACGUUUAGGAACAGUACAGUCUAUUUCUAACAAGGUAUUAAAGAAUAUUUACAAUUAAUUUUUCUACUUCCUUACCUGCUGAGUAACUGAUUCCGUUCUUACGUCUCCAAGAACUUGAUGGUUUAACCCCAAAAGCCAUUUCCUCUUGUCACUGAAGUCAGUUGGUAUUUGGUCUUUAAUUCAAAUGACCCUGAAUUUCCCUGAACUAAUGAUGUUACUGUUUUUCCUUGGAAAUAAAAUGUUUGUUGAUUUACAGGUACAUCUUUUGUGAUUUUAUGCAUCAGUAGCAUGGAGGUUGCCUUGGGGUAUCCUAUUCUUUAACCUGAGGAAGAAUAUUACUUUAAAAAAAAGGAAAUAGCAUGUAUCUCUGUGUCUCUAGCAUUUCUAUUUGCUUGUUUUUUCCAUAUGGGCAAAUAUAUGUUUAACACUAGUCAUGCAUUAUAAAUGCAGGAAAAUCAGGGUGAGUUUUCUUUCUCUUAAGUAUUCAUAGAUUUUUUAAAUCCUCUUGCAAGAGAGCACUGAGUUUGAGAACAAAUGCUUCUGUUCCUAUGGGGCAUAUUUUCAUUUCAGUUCUCAUAAGAAUUAAUUUUCACAGCUCCUCACUUCAGUACACAAGUCCUUUUAUGUUUGUAUUUGUCAUCCUUAUCUUAGUGCAAAUUUUUUGUGCUCUUCAAUGUCUCUGGAGUUACACAAUGGUUCUGUGAGAUAAUGAAUUAGAGUCCUUAUCUGCCUUAAUUGCUGGUCACUAUUGCAUGAUGGCAAAUGUUUUUGUCCGAAAUUUGAUACCCAGUUGUAUUAGAUAGCCUUGCAAUUUGUUAAGGACAUACCUUUCUGAGUUAAAUAUAAGAAUACGAGCAACUAUUAUUAGUUUAAUGAUAACUAAGGAAAAAUAAUAAGUACAUGUGUUUGGCAUUUCAAAAUUGUAUUUUUAACGUUUAAUAUCUUAUACAAAAAUAUGUAUUUUCUACUUUAACGGCAUCAUUCAAUUUCUCUGUGCAAAAUUCUGUAAUUUAACCAACUAUGUAGAAAAAAGAUGCUAUGCAAACAUGUGUGGUUAUCAUAUGCUUUGGCUGACACCCUGAAUGUCUGAACAAGGGUUGAAGACUCCUUGAAGGCUGAGGGCUUUUGUGUAGUGGCUCUGUGGAAAGACAAAAUGGCCUGACAUCCCAGCUCUGGCAUGGAAUGAAAGACUUAUUUGCCUUCUCCUGUGUCUUCCACAGGUUUAUUUUACCAACCCCUUAGGUGCAGUCAUUUAGGAAGCCUCAGUGGCAUUUGGCUCAGCAGUGUGCAUGGCCUGUGAGUGCCUUUUGGAAAGGCUUAGGAAAAGGUGAGCUCACUUGUGCCAUGGGCUCUUGGUCCAGAAAGGCAUUUGUGACUGCAAAAAGGAGGCUCUGGAUUCAUCCUGCGCCCUUUACAAACAUCUGAAACAUGUUUGUCUGAAUCCUAGAACAGAUUCCAGGGGGAGAAAUUAGACACAAGGACUAAAAAGAAAAUAGAGAGUUGAGAAAAACUGAGUUUAUUCUAUAAGGGAAAAUUCUACUCAAUGCUGACAAUUAGUUAGCUCUCAGAGGAAGAAAGACUAAAACACGUCUAUAUUCUGAUAGCCUAAUAAUUUUGUACAAGAUUCUGUACUACAUGGAGCGUGUCUUUUGGUUACAUGGGGGAAAUAUGUACUCAUAGGAAAGUUUGUUUGCCCAGAAUUUGUGGAUUUAAUACAAUAUAUUUCAAUGAGUUUUUUUAAAUGUGUAUUUAUUAUCUGAAAUUAUGUGCAAGAAUAAAGUCAGACACGCAUUUUUUAA